AUGCGUCUUCUAUCGUUUCCCAGCCAUCUCCUCGUGGCCUUCCUAACCCUCAAAGAGGCUUCAUCCCUCGCCCUCAGCAAACGGGAUAGCCCUGUCCUCCCCGGCCUCUGGGCGGACCCCAACAUCGCCAUCGUCGACAAGACAUACUACAUCUUCCCUACCACCGACGGUUUCGAAGGCUGGGGCGGCAACGUCUUCUACUGGUGGAAAUCAAAAGAUCUCGUAUCAUGGACAAAGAGCGACAAGCCAUUCCUUACUCUCAAUGGUACGAAUGGCAACGUUCCCUGGGCUACAGGUAAUGCCUGGGCUCCUGCUUUCGCUGCUCGCGGAGGCAAGUAUUACUUCUACCAUAGUGGGAAUAAUCCCUCUGUGAGUGAUGGGCAUAAGAGUAUUGGUGCGGCGGUGGCUGAUCAUCCUGAGGGGCCGUGGAAGGCACAGGAUAAGCCGAUGAUCAAGGGAACUUCUGAUGAGGAGAUUGUCAGCAACCAGGCUAUCGAUCCCGCUGCCUUUGAAGACCCUGAGACUGGAAAGUGGUAUAUCUACUGGGGAAACGGUGUCCCCAUUGUCGCAGAGCUCAACGACGACAUGGUCUCUCUCAAAGCAGGCUGGCACAAAAUCACAGGUCUUCAGAAUUUCCGCGAGGGUCUUUUCGUCAACUAUCGCGAUGGAACAUAUCAUCUGACAUACUCUAUCGACGAUACGGGCUCAGAGAACUAUCGCGUUGGGUACGCUACGGCGGAUAACCCCAUUGGACCUUGGACAUAUCGUGGUGUUCUUCUGGAGAAGGACGAAUCGAAGGGCAUUCUUGCUACGGGACAUAACUCCAUCAUCAACAUUCCUGGAACGGAUGAGUGGUAUAUCGCGUAUCAUCGCUUCCAUAUUCCCGAUGGAAAUGGGUAUAAUAGGGAGACUACGAUUGAUAGGGUACCCAUCGACAAGGAUACGGGUUUGUUUGGAAAGGUUACGCCGACUUUGCAGAGUGUUGAUCCUAGGCCUUUGUAG